UCAUUCGAACAAGGCGACGCAAAGGGUACCGUUGAUCAGAAACGGGUCAAACAUCUCGAUAGUGGUUUGUAUAUAAAGCAGAAAUAUUUCGAGUCGCGGCUCACAUUAAAAUGAGGCGCCGCCUUUUGUUUUUGUUUGUGUUUGGUGUCGUUGUGGAAUCUGCUUUAGGUCGGACACCUCUCCAAGUUCCAUCAUUUGAAAUUCGAGAAGAAAAUGGAUUUCCACUCAAUCUUGAGCCAGUAUUGGUUGAAGAACCCAAAUAUGAUGUAAAAAAUAUCGAUGAUGGUAUAGAGCAAGACAACAGCGACAUCAAUCCGGAACUUUCUCCACAAGGCAGAAUAUCAUACAGUGGAAAUCAAUUGUGGAAAGCUAGUAUAGACAUAUUUGAUAACGACCAAAUUCGCGUGGUAGCCAAUCUCAGAGAUGCUCAUCAUAUUUCGAUGUGGGGAGGAAAUAGAACUAGUCUCGACUUUCUAGUAAAGCCGAACUCUGUAGAUACAGUCAAAGACACGUUAAAACGCAAACAUAUAAACUAUGAUGUAGUUAUGCAAGAUGUACAAAAAGCUAUUGACGAAGAAAACCCACCCCACUUAGAAGAAAAUGAAGACAGACAAGGUCACCGUCUAACAUGGAGAGCUUAUCAUAAAGUACCUGAUAUUCACAGAUUUCUGGACUACUUAGGUGAAACAUAUCCAGAUCUUUGUACAGUGAGAACUAUUGGACAGUCAGUUCAGGGACGACCUAUUAAGUUAAUAAAAAUCUCUAACGGAAAUUCAUCCAACAAAGCCGUAUGGAUAGAUGGAGGCGUCCACGCUAGAGAAUGGAUCUCACCUGCAGUCACAACCUACAUUAUCAAUUAUCUAGUAGCCAGUUUUGACAAUGAGCCAAAGUACAUGCAGAAUAUAGACUGGUAUAUAACCCCAUUGGUUAACCCCGAUGGUUACGAGUACACUCACAACGUCGACAGACUUUGGAGAAAGAACAGAGCGAGAUCUGGACAAUGUGCGGGGACGGAUCUAAACAGGAACUUUGGUUAUAAAUGGGGAGGACAGGGAGCAUCAAAAAAUCCAUGUACUGAAACUUAUGGAGGAAGUGGGCCAUUUUCGGAACCAGAGACAGCAGCUAUUCAACGAUUUAUUACAGGAACCCCAGCUAAGUGGCGCGCUUACAUCUCGUUCCAUUCUUACGGCCAAUUCAUACUGUAUCCGUGGGGCUACAAUAGGGCAGUCCCUCCAGAUCAUCAAGAUUUGGAAUCUGUAGCUAGGAAAGCAGCUGCGGCUAUUCGCAAUGCUGGAGGACCUAACUACACCAUUGGACCAGCAGGAAAUACGUUGUAUCCAGCUUCAGGAGGAUCAGAUGAUUGGGCUAAAGGAACUAUUCGCAUGAAAUAUGCUUAUACGAUAGAACUUAGAGAUAAUGGAAGGUUUGGCUUUAUUCUUCCGGCAAAUUUCAUCAAUCCAGCAGCUAAAGAAGCACUUGCAGCUGUUCGGGUCAUAGCGGAAGCAGCUCAAAAGGCAUGAAUACGUCAAACGAAAUAUAGGGUGGAUUUAAAAACCUUGACUGAACCUUUGCGGAAGCAGUCUAAUAAAACAAUGCUGCAGUCAAUAAAAACAUUAAAGUUAACUGGUGUUUUUAAUAAAAAUAAAUUAUUAUUUGAAUUUGUAUCAAAUGACACAAACACAUAUACAGGAUGUUGCAAAAUGUUCUAUUGUUAAGUGUUCUUUUAUCUAUACCACAAAUAUUCACACAUCUGGAGAUAAUGUACAGAGUUAUUCACUAUAUUUUGACCCCCCUAUAAACUGCUUUAUUUACAGAAUUAGAAAAAUAUGUAAAAUACAAAAGUUAUUCGAUUUUUAAAUGAUGAUUUUUUGACAUAUAUAUCGUACUAGUGACGUCAUCCAUUUGGGUAUAACGUAGUCGACUAUUUUUUUAAAUGGGAAUAGGGGUCGAGUGCUAGCUCAUUUGAAAGGUUAUUCAAUUCCCUAUUCAGUAAUAUAAACAUUAACGUGAUGAAUUAUACGGGGUGUCCAAAAAAAAAUUUUAAAUUAAAUUAAUUGACACAAAAAGAAGAAUGUAUGUAAUUUAUUUAAUUCAAAAUACAUUCUACUGCUGUCAGAAAACAGAAAUAAGUGUUUAUUGAACAAAUAAACAUUAUUUUUCACUUAAAUUCAAUGUUCAAGCUGCCACCCAUCUGCCUCUUGGCAGUUUGAACAUUGAAUUUAAGCAAAAAUCAAUGUUUAUUUGUGCAAUAAACUUUUAUUUGUUUUCUAACAGCAGUAAAAUGUAUUUUAAAUUAAAUAUAUUACAUACAUUCUUCCUUUUGUGUCAAAUAAUUUAAUUCAAAAAAAGUUUUUUGGACACCCUGUAUAAAUAAUUAUCUUAAUGUUUAUAUUACUGAAUAGAGAAUUGAAUUACCUUUCAAAUGAGCAAGCAUACGACCCCAAUUCUCAUUUAAAAAAAUAGUCGAUUACUUCAUCACGCCCAGAUGGAUGACGUCACUAGUAUGAUAUAUAUGUCAAAAAAUUAUAAGUAUUUUAAGAAUCGAAUAACUUUUGUAUUUUACAUUUUUUCUAAUUCUGUAAAUAAAGCAGUUUACAGGGGGAUCAAAAUAUAGUGAAUAACCCUAUACCUACAGACAGCUUGUAAAGUAAUAAAUGGAUUAAUUCUCUUAUUCUGUGGCAAUAUUGUGAAUAAAACUAACAACAGAGUUACUCAAAAUAAAUUUAAAAUGUCCUAUUGCUUAUACAAGUAGGCUUUAAGUUGUAAUAAAAUGGUUUCUAAAUGUUUUAGUUUAAUUUUUGUGCCUUAUUAUUAUUGUAGUAAUUGAACACUUGCUUCGACUGAAUAAAAUAAUGGUACUCUA